AUGGAUUCCUACUUCGUGGCUUUGUUUUUUGCACUGUCCUCUCUUACCACCGUGGUCCUCGGGGAGAAAGGCACCAGCAAAGCGCGGAGUUGUUCGGAUAUCAGACAGUUUUACAGCGGGAAAGGCUUCACGUUGGAGGGAGUGCCACAGUCUGAAAUAUCAGGAGAGCAUCUGCGGAUCUGUCCCCAGGGAUACACUUGCUGCACCAGUGACAUGGAGGAGAACCUGGCCACGCUGAGCCGUAGAGAGAUGGAGGGGCUGCUGAAGGAGGCGGGUCGAGCUCUGCACACCUCUCUGGCAGGACAGUACAAGGCCUUUGAUGGUUACUUCCUGGAGUUGCUGAACCAGUCGUCGUCCUCGCUGCAUUUGAACAUGAUGUCGACAUGGGGCCUUCUGUACUCCCAGAAUGCACCUGUGUUCUCCGACCUGUACACAGACCUGCGGCACUACUACAGAGGCUCCAACAUCAACCUGGAGGAGGUGCUGAACGAGUUCUGGGCCCGGCUGCUCGAGAGGAUCUUCCACCACGCCAACAAGCAACACACCAUAGGGGAGGACUACCUGGAGUGCGUGUCCAAGCAGAUGGACACUCUGCGGCCGUUUGGAGACACGCCCCGAGAGAUGAACCUCAAAGUCACUCGCACCUUUGUGGCCUCCCGCUCCUUUGUCCAAGGCCUGUCCACCAGCGGAGAAGUGGUGCGCCGCGUCUCACAGACGCAGCUGAGCCUGGAGUGCACGCGGGCCAUUAUGAAGAUGACGUACUGCCCGCACUGUCGCGGCAUGGCCUCGGCCCGCCCCUGUGCCAACUACUGCGCUAAUGUCAUGAAGGGCUGUCUCGCCAACCAGGCCGACCUCAACACAGAGUGGCGCCAUCUGGCAGACACACUAAUACAAGUGGCAAACCGCUUUGAAGGCGUGAUGGGUGUAGACGUGGUCAUCCUCUCACUGCCUUUCCGCAUCUCUGAAGCUAUUUUCACCAUGAUGGACAACAUCGAAGGCAUUAACGUCAAGUUGUUUCAGAAAUGCGGUGACCUGCGGGGCGAAGGCAGCAGCAGCUUGACAGGGGCCAAGGAGGAGGUGAAGAGAGCCAGGGUCACCGUGGACGACAGUGUGGGCUCCAGCUCUAGCACCCUCAGCGGCCUGGUGUCUGACGUGGUGGUGAGGCUGAGGAACAUGCAGGCGUACUGGGUGUCUCUGCCCACCGUCCUCUGCAGCGACCGCAUCGCCACCGGGACGGGAGCCGAGGACAAGUGCUGGAACGGCAUGAGUCGAGCCAGAUAUCUUCCUGAGGUGAUGGGCGACGGCCUGGCCAGCCAGAUCAACAACCCUGAGGUGGAGAUCGACAUCACCAAACCGGACAUGGUGAUCCGCCAGCAGAUCAUGCAGCUGAAGAUCAUGACACACCGCCUCAAGAACGCACUCAACGGGAACGACGUAGACUUCCAGGACACCAGCGACGACAGCAGCGGAUCCGGGAGCGGCAUGUGCACCGACGAGCUGUGCUCCCGGGGAACGCGCCGCGACAUCCCCGCCUCCAACCAGCCCAAGUACUACCCCAACGCCCCGGAGGACGCAGCCGUCAAGGGCACCGGCGCCGGCCACUGUCACCUGCCCCACGCCUCCUCGCUGCUGCUCACACUGCUCACGAUGCUACUGCUGCGGCGAUAA